GCGUUGCUGUCAUACACUUAUACCUCAAUGCAACACUCCUUGUCAUUCGAAUAAAACCACGUUGUCGCCAGUUGCUCUGAAAGUCGUUUCGAUCGAUUUUUUACAAAUCUUAAUAUGAAUCGUUUAACUGAAAACCGUGCUUCGCUGCCCGCAGACGGCUCAGGUUUACAUACAUGCAUGCAUGGUUUUUCAAGGGAAGAACUGACAGAAUUGGAGAAAAAUUUUAUCAAAAAAUUGUUAGACGACUACUUUUCUUGUGCCAUUUGUUUGAGCGUAAUGCAUAAGCCUGCAAUAUUAAGAUGCGGUCAUACGUUUUGCAAGGAUUGCAUUGGCAAUUGUUUUACAAACUCGCAUUACCAAUGUCCUAUUUGCCGAAAGUACGCCUUUGGAUUAAGCGACAUCACUACAUCACAACAUAUAGAAGAAAUGAUUAACGGUCUGACGUCAAAAAUCAUGCAAAAAUCAGGGGUUCCAGUGGUAAAAUCUAGCAGCACUAACAAUUUAAUAAAAUUGAUUACAGUAAAUGAGCCAAACCGACCGAUAAGGAAUCAAAAUGACCCUACAAGCCGUAGACCAGCUCCACAACAAAGUCAGAAUGCUCGUAGAACGAUUUCAAACCGUCCGCCCUGGAGGUUUUAACAAAAACUAUUGCACGACUCUUUUUAAACUAUUUUAACCUAUUUACAUUAUUAACAUAUUAUUUAAUUAUUUUUAUUAUUAUAGUUUUAUAUAACAUAACUGUUCCUCAUUUAUACAUAUUUAUCACUUAGGGAUUUAUCAAUCAACGGAAUUUUUUUACUUAGACCCGCAAAUAUUUUGCAUUUCUUUUGAUUGCCUUAAAUUAUAGUGAUUUUACUUUUUUAUACUUUUUUGGUUUUUAAUAUCAUAUAUUUUUUACAUAUUAUAUAAUUUUUUAUAACAUUUGAAUAGAAGUAUUAUAUUUAAUGAUAUUU